AUGAAAAACAACAGACGACCACGGAGCACCAGCGCGAAACCUGUUGCCAUUGGACUCUACGGAGUCCCCGGCGCAGGCAAGACGACUUUGCUUCGCCAACUCAAAGGUGAGCUUGGCGAAGAUCAUUUUUUAUGGUGCGAGGGCUCGGAACGACUUGCCAAGCUAAUUGAAGGCGGGCUGGAUGCCUUCAAGGCUUCCUCAGAGGCUAUGAAGGAGAGUUUGCGGAAGGCAUGCAUCAAGCAGAUUGGGCGAGAGGGCGAAGAGCAGCGGAGGGUUGUCUGGACGGACGCAGAUGCAGACACAUUCACCCAUAUCUUCUACCUCGACUCACCUCCUUCGGUCAUCCUGAAUCGACAUGCAGACGAUAAUGGUCACAAUCGACGAAUCCGUUCUGCGAUUACAGAGAUCGAAUUGCAAGAAUGGCAGGACAGGGAGAAGAUCAGUCUCCAGACUGUAUGCGCGGAUAAGAACAUCGUAUUCGAGGUUGUCAGCGGUCUCUAUCCGUUCGAGGCAAUCUUAAACCCGAUUACCUACUAUGUCAACGACGCUAUCUUCAACAUAAGCCGCGCACUGGUCGAACUUGAUCACAGGAUGGCAAAUAUGGUGAACAACUGCCAGCUACAAAAGAUGUUUGUGUUCGAUGCGAACAAGACUUUGGCUGCUCAAGAUACUGGCAACAUGUUCUGGGAGAAGCGUGGUCGUCGAAACCGACUGAAAGAGGUAUUUAGUGAGUCAAGAGGCUACUCGUACGAUAGCUUUCGCAAGGUCUGCGACAUAUACGAUGACGAGUGCGACGUGGAGGACUACGAGAAGUCUUGCAAGGAUGUUGCCAAAGAGGUCGUUAUUCAUCCAGAGCUCAUGGCGUUUCUGGACCAUGUCAAGGACGAAGCACAUGUCGGCGCAGUCGUGCUCACUGCUGGUCUUGGGUCAAUCUGGAAGGAAGCCAUAGCAACCUAUGAUUUGUCACGCGCUGCUUUCGUCAUCGGCAAUGGUCAAUCAAGCAAUGGCUUCGUUGUCACUCCUGAGGUCAAGCGAGCCAUUAUCGCUAGACUGCAGCAGCGCCAUCAGACGUUCGUGUAUGCCUUCGGAGACAGUGAAGUCGAUGUUCCUAUGCUCAAGCAAGCAGAUGAGGCGAUCGUGGUCGUUCACGAAAGCAAAGAGAGUGACAGCAUCGAUACCGUUUUGAACAAUGCAAUCAAGACGGGUGAACUGCAAGCGAAACAGCUAGUUUUGGGAUCGAACACCCGACAGCGUCUUGACAGUCAAAAGCUGCCGUUCAUCAGCUUGGCGAAACUCGAUACCAGGGAAGACAUGCUCGCUCAUCGACCACUGCAAGUGACGCACUUCACCGGCACAUCUGCUGAGCGACUUCUCACCACAGCCACGCGCAACUCCAAGAUCAAGGGUCUAGAUUUACGUGAGGCACAUCGCAAGAUUGGGUAUUAUCUGGCGCUGCACUGUCUCGGUGACCUUUUGGGCUUGGCGGCUUUCGACAUUCCACAUGUUCAGGCAGGCAAGAGCACUACUGGCCAUAAGCUAGCAGAAGAGGAGAUUGUGAUUGUGCCGCUGAUGCUGGGUGGCGAGCCGAUGGCACUUGGGGUGGCUGAACUGUUCCCUAACGCACUAUUCGUCCAUGCUAAGAAGCCGGAUGAGUUGCAGGGCAAGCAUCUCUUCGGCAUCAAGACGGUCAUUCUGGUCGAUUCGGUUGUGAAUGAUGGUACCUCCGUGGCGGAGUUCGCCAUGCAAAUUGACAGGAUCGUUUCCGGAGUCCAUAUCGUGGUUGUAGCCAACGUUGUGCAAGCAUUGUGCGCAAACUCCGAUGGACCGCUUGCUCGGGCUCUCCCACCGCGCAGUAAGGUAAGCCUUGUGGCUCUCCGUCUGUCGACGAACAAGUACAAGGGUUCAGGAGGGACCGACACGGGCGCUCGCUUGUUCAACACGACGGAGAUGGAAACGAUUGAGAACCAGCGGAAGAAGGUAUCGCAGCAGGUGCAGUGA